UUUUCGUUCGUCACUUUUCACUCACCUUAUCAUUUGUCAAAUCAAAAAUUAUUUCCAAAUUUUCUUCGUUCAUCCGCAGUUUUGGUGCAAUGUUCGAGGAGGAAUUACUUAUAUUUAGUAAUUAACAUUUGAGGACAUGAAAUGAACAAUGUUUCUCAUAAUUUCAGUAUUAGUAACUGAAGAAGACUGAUUUUUAUCAUCUCUUAUAUGAAAUAACUGAAGAACAAUGCCAGAAAACGUUGAACUUGAGCAACUAGUCGAGGACGAACAAGAAGAUGAAUUGAAAAUCUAUGAACCCAGAAGAACUUGCCAUUGUCCCUAUCUGGGUUUAUUAUUAGCAACAUUAAGUUCUCUCUUCUUUUCCCUCUGUUCUGUUAUUGUCAAAUGGAUGACUGAUAUUAAUCCAAUGGCUUUAGCUGCGUAUCGCUAUUUAGGUGUUCUGUUACCAGCAAUACCAAUUGUGAUAUAUAGAGAAGAAAAGGUGUUCCCUAAAGGAAAACGAAUAAUGCUUCUGAUGAGAUCUUUUACUGGUACAGCUGCUCUGAUGCUGAGUUUUUAUGCAUUUCGACAUAUGCCAUUGGCUGAUGCUUCUGUAAUAGUUUUUUCAGUGCCUGUUUUUACUGGUAUAUUUGCUAGGAUGUUCCUAAAAGAGCCUUGUGGCUUAUUCAAUAUUUUCUCAGUAGUUUUAACAUUAAUUGGAGUUGUAUUUAUUACUCGCCCUCCUAUAUUAUUUGGAGACACGGUUAACUCUUUGGGAGAAACUGGACAGCGACCUGAAAUGUGGGGAGCAGUCGCUGCUUUUUCUGCAACUCUAUUUGGGGCCAAUGCAUAUGUUUUGCUCAGAGCUCUGAAAGGUAUACAUUUUUCUGUCAUUAUGACAAAUUUUGGUGCAUUUGCUUUGGUACAGUGUGUACUGGUUACAAGUAUUAUAGGAGCUUUGUGCUUGCCAUCCUGUGGCAUGGAUAGGUAUCUCAUAAUUGCUCUAGCAUUAUUUAGUUUUUUAGGUCAAAUUCUUCUCACUUUAGCUUUACAGAUGGAACAAGCGGGACCUGUGGCGAUAGCAAGAAGCAGUGAUAUUGUUUUUGCUUUUAUAUGGCAGGUGUUGUUUUUUAAUGAAAUACCAAAUAAGUUCUCUAUUGGUGGAGCAAUUUUGGUAAUGAGCUCUGUUCUAUUGACUGGAUUGCGGAAGUGGAUAAUGGCUUUACCACAUGAUGCUAGUCUUAGAAGGAAUCUCAAUAUCUUGACAAAAUAAUUUUGUGAUACUUAAUAAUCAAAGUGGUAUAUUUUCAGGUAUAUCAGAUGGAUGCUGGAUACAUUCAUCAAUAUUUGAGUUAUAGAUACUGAUGAGUCGUGUAUAAAAUAUCGUUUUUUUACAAGAAAAAUUUGUAUCUCAUUGACAAAGGUAACUGAUUUCCAAAUAGCUAUUUUUAUUAGAACACUUAUUCUUUUUAAAUUAUUGACUUUUACAAAAAGUAUCUGAAGAAAUGGUUUAUUUUAUUUAUUGAAGUAUCAUUAUUGAAAUAUCAAUACCUAUUUGGUCUACAACAUACUGCUCAGGAUUAUACUUUAUUAUUAUUGCUGAAAUUCAUUCAUAACAUUUCGAAAUUCAAUUGUGCUGUGAAGAUUUUUUUCUAUAACAUCCGAUUUUUGAAAUUAUUAAAAUCACCCAAAUUGUUUACUCAAAUCUUUUUGAUUUAGUUUCCACCGUGAUGUCUUAUCAAAAUGAACUUUUGUAGAACUGGUUUGGAGUAAUCCUUAAUGUAACUCUUAUAGUUCAGUGAAUUAUUUGUGUAUGAACAGAAUGAUGUAAUGAUAUAUUGUUUGAAUCUAUUUUGAAUCAUUUGAAGUUUCCUGUGUUGAUCUGAUAUUCACUUGAAAAUCUACAUUGGAUCAUUUUUUGAGCUUUUGUAAAAUAAAAUGUUUUGUACUGGAAAACUAUUGCUAUCUUUGAUAUGCGUUUUCAUCUUGGAAUUAUUAUAUUAGGUUUGAUGUGUGAACACUUCUGUUGUAUGAAAAAGAUUUAUGAAACUUCAAACUCAUCUGAAUUAUUUAUAGGUAUCAGAAUUUGAACAGCUGAGACUUUUCAUAUUCAAUACAUAAUUGAAGUAAAUCAAUUUCACUUUUCUGAAAAUUUGAAGAUCAAAUUGUUGAAAAGAUGAAUAAAGUUGUCCCUUGUCAAACAAUUCAUUAUAGUGACUUUCUUAUAUGAGUACUUCUAAGUACUUUUAAAACCUUUUUUUUAUUUGUUAUCUUGUAUGAAUAUUAUGGUGUACAUGGCAUUAUGUCUUUUUAAUUUAUGUUUUGUUUAUAAACGAAUGGAAUGUUCUCAUACUAGCUUUGGAGAAUCAGAUCUGACAUGUUUUCAUUUUUUCCUUUUUGUGAGCUGUGAAACAAGUUCUAAAUAUAGCUAAAUGCACAUCAUAUGUGUAUUGUACUAUUCAACAAAAUGUCUAGUCAUUAUUAUCAAAUUUUAUCUAGCAUUAUAUUCUGUGAUUUUUUAGUUGUAUAAUGUACCAUGUUAAUUGCUAUGAUGACAGGUAUUUCAGAAAAUAAUCAUAAAGGACCAACUUCGUGUUCUAAGAUUUUGAACCUUCAUUUUAUUGUUAUUUGUGAAUUGUUUUGCAAAAUUUAAUAAAUGAUGAUAUAAAAUC